AAUGUCUCUAAUGGAAAUUAAAGGUUUGAUUUAUUAAAGGGAAGCAUUUUAGUUAAAUAGAAGUGGGGACAUUUAAUAAUACCUGGGGCUAAGAGUUGCAUCUAUACUACGGAUAAUAAAGUUAAUAUCAGGGAUGGGAAUGAAAAAUUAGAAUAAAUAAAUUUAAUGAGUAUAAUUGUUACAUAUUAUUUUUAUUUAAACAGAUGUCAAACAAUUGUUUACCCAUGACCUUUAAAUUAGACACGAGGGUGAAAUAAAUCAAAAACCUGAAGGAUUGGUAAUCAUUAGGUAUUAAAGUUGUGUUUAUAUAAAGUGAGC